UUGACAUGGCUCCUUUUGCAGUGGCCACCGCUUGCGCCAAGCCCUGCAAUUAAACAAUUGGAGACCCUCUUUGGGCCUUGUUCUCGCGUGGGAAUUUAAUACGGCUUCGAUUGACUCUUCGUGGUUUCCCUACGUCUUCCCCUCCGCGAUCUUCGCGCUUUCUUCUGUACAUUUCACGGCGCGGCGCGAUCCUAAUUCUUCAACAUGGCGGUCAACGCGAGUUUCGUCUCGCCCACGGCGGAUGCAAAAGUUGCGCACGUCAUCCAGCAAUUCGACACCAGCGGCCUCCUUUCCUCUGUCUUCACCGGUUUCAAUGUGUGGAAGCUCCUCCUGACGCUCAUCAUAACGGCUGUGGCGUACGACCAGUUCAAGUACAUCUGGAACAAGGGCUCAAUCGUCGGUCCAUCAUGGAAAAUACCUUUCAUCGGCCCAUUCUUGGAGUCCGUUAACCCCGACUUCAAGAAGUACCACGAGAAAUGGUCCUCCGGUCCUCUGAGCUGUGUAUCCGUCUUUCACAAGUUCGUUGUCAUUGCCUCGACCCGCGACAUGGCUCGUAAGAUCUUCAACUCGCCUACCUUUGUCAAGCCCUGCGUUGUCGAUGUCGCCUACAAACUCCUUCGUCCCGAGAACUGGGUCUUCCUGGAUGGUCGUGCCCACGUCGACUAUCGCAAGGGUCUCAACAGCUUGUUUACUCGCCAGGCGCUCGAACAGUAUCUCCCAGGCCAAGAAGAGAUCUACAACACAUACUUCAAGCGCUUCGUGGAGCUUUCACAAGUCGAGAACAAGGGCAAGCACAUUCCCUGGAUGCAAGAGUUCCGCCUCAUGAUCACGGCUCUGAGUUGCCGUACCUUUGUCGGCCACUACUGCUCCGAUGAGGCUGUCAAGAAGAUCGCCGACGACUACUAUCUGAUUACCGCUGCACUCGAACUUGUCAACUUCCCCAUCAUUAUCCCUUUCACCAAGACUUGGUACGGAAAGAAGUGCGCCGACAUGGUUCUGGACGAGUUCUCAAAGUGUGCCGCAAAGAGCAAGGUCCGUAUGGCCGCCGGUGGCAAGAAGGAGUGCAUUCUCGAUUUCUGGGUAGACAACAUGAUCCAAUCCGAGAAGUACCGUAAGAGGAUUGAGGCUGGCGAGAAGGUCGAUGACGCUGAGAAGCCCGCGACCGUCAUCCGCUGGUUCAGUGACAUUGAGAUCUCUAUGACCAUCUUCACCUUCCUCUUCGCUUCCCAGGACGCUACUUCUUCUGCCGCUACCUGGCUCUUCCAAAUCAUGGCUGACCGCCCGGAAUACCUUGACAAAAUCCGUGAGGAGAAUAUCAAGGCCAGGAACGGCGACGUUCACGCGACGCUUUCGCUUGAUGCCAUCGAGAAGCUGCAAUGGACCCGUGCUGUCGUCAAGGAGACCCUCCGCUACCGUCCUCCAGUCAUCAUGGUUCCUUACCUUGCUAAGAAGGAUUUCCCUGUAACACCCGAAUACACCGUCCCCAAGGGUUCCAUGGUCAUUCCUACCACAUACAUGGCGCUGCACGAUGCUGAAGCAUACCCCAACCCUGACUCGUUCGAGCCCGAGCGAUGGAUCACUGGUAACGCUGAUCAACAAACCAAGAACUGGCUCGUUUUCGGUACAGGCCCUCACUACUGCCUUGGUCAGACAUACGCGCAAGCCAACCUCAUGUUGAUGAUUGGCAAGGCUAGUAUGCUGCUUGACUGGGACCACCAGGUUACCGACCAAAGUGAGGUGAUCAAGGUGUUCGCUACUAUUUUCCCUAUGGAUGACUGCCUCCUCACAUUCAAGGACCGAACUACAGCAUAAUAAUUCACGCUUCAUUCUACGUGAUGCGCACUUUGAGCGAUCUUUUCUUGCAUUUGCAGCCGUAGAUUUCGGUGUUCAAAAUUUGGUUCGUCCAAGACAGAGUUGCAUUUGUGCUCUGGUCUUGCAUCUUUAGACUAUAAUGAUUACGGCCCUUGGCGCUUCUUGAGAAGUGGCCCGUUGGCUUCAUGAGUACAGUGUAAGCUGGGAUGAAUUAAU